AGGCGCUGGAGCCCAGAGCCAGAAAGAGCUGCAGAGAGCUGCCAGCUGCACCGAGCGUGUUCUGCAGCUGUAGGCACCUGUCGUCCUGCCUUCGAUGGCUCCCUCUGUCCCCCUGGUCCUCCUCCUCGUCCUCUUGCUGAGCCUGGCAGAGACUCCAGCAUCCGCGCCUGCCCACCAGGGACGAGGAGGAGGCUGGACCCUCAAUAGUGCUGGCUACCUUCUGGGUCCCGUCCUCCGCCUUCCCCAAAUGAGUGACCAAGACCGGAAGAGGGAGACAGCCCUUGAGAUACUAGAGCUGUGGAAGGCCAUCGAUGGGCUCCCCUAUUCCCACCCUCUGCAGCCCUCCAAGAGGAAUGUGAUGGAGACAUUUGCCAAACCGGAGAUUGGAGAUCUGGACGUGCUCAGCAAGAAAAUUCCCAAGGAGGGGAUGAUGUCCUGAAGCCAUAGAUGUCUCCGAAUCCCUAUUCAUAUCCUUCUUCUCCAGCUCCUUCUGUUCCCUCUGAAACCCUUUCUAGGUACCCUGUGUUGAGACUAAGUUCCUGAAGUUAAAUACCCAGGUCUCAUGAAGACAUUGUAAAGCAUUUGAAUUAUUCUAUAAAACUUCUGGAGUGUCUUAGGUUUAAUUGAUUCGUCGUUGGAGUCAGUAUAACAUGUUGUUAAUGAAACCAAUAGUAAUUUGAGGACUAGUUGGAAGGUUCUGGGGUGAUCAGGGAAUAUUCCUGCAACACAUUUAAAGUAAUUGUGUUCUUUUGGAAUUGUCCCGAUUAUCACACGAGCUAUUGAAUAAUACAAAUAACCCUCUUAAGUCUGAAAGUCUGUGUCUUGAUUUGAAAAGAUUCUUCAAAGUGCAUACUUACUCUUCCAUAUUCUUUCAACCUACCCGAGUCUCCUUCAAAAUGAGGAGAGGCAGUUUGGAGCAGAAUGGAGAGAAUAAAAUGUUUCUUGUCAAA